GGCCGACUUUGAGGAGGCGGAGCUUCGGUUUUGCUUGCUGGCAAAGCACUUUAAUCGGCUAGUAGACGACCGCCGAAAUCGAGCCUGGGCCCUACCCCGGGCUUUGGGCUUUCGAUUCCUCUCUGACCAAAGGGACUUCAAAGAAGAAAGAAAAUGGCUUCUGAAUCUGAAACUCUGAAUCCCAGUGCUAGGAUAAUGACUUUUUAUCCAACUAUGGAAGAGUUCCGGAACUUUAGUCGGUACAUUGCCUAUAUUGAAUCACAAGGAGCACAUCGGGCUGGGCUGGCCAAGGUUGUUCCUCCCAAAGAAUGGAAGCCAAGAACAUCCUAUGAUGACAUUGAUGACUUGGUCAUUCCCGCACCCAUCCAGCAGCUGGUGACUGGACAGUCUGGGCUCUUUACCCAGUAUAACAUACAGAAGAAAGCCAUGACUGUUCGGGAGUUCAGGAAGAUUGCAAACAGUGAUAAGUAUUGUACCCCACGCUACAGUGAAUUUGAAGAGCUUGAGCGAAAGUACUGGAAAAACCUCACAUUCAAUCCUCCCAUUUAUGGUGCGGAUGUCAAUGGUACUCUCUAUGAAAAGCAUGUGGAUGAGUGGAAUAUUGGCCGGCUGAAGACAAUCCUGGACUUGGUGGAAAAGGAGAGUGGCAUCACUAUUGAAGGUGUGAACACCCCAUACCUGUACUUUGGCAUGUGGAAGACAUCUUUUGCCUGGCAUACAGAAGACAUGGACCUCUACAGCAUCAACUAUCUGCACUUUGGGGAGCCCAAGUCCUGGUACUCUGUUCCACCUGAGCAUGGAAAACGGUUGGAGCGCCUUGCCAAAGGCUUUUUCCCAGGAAGUUCUCAAAGCUGUGAGGCUUUCCUCCGCCAUAAGAUGACCCUGAUUUCCCCUCUGAUGCUGAAGAAAUACGGCAUUCCCUUUGACAAGGUUACUCAAGAAGCUGGAGAAUUUAUGAUCACUUUUCCUUAUGGUUACCAUGCUGGGUUCAACCAUGGCUUCAAUUGUGCCGAGUCUACCAAUUUUGCUACCCGUCGGUGGAUUGAGUAUGGGAAGCAGGCUGUGCUGUGCUCCUGCAGGAAGGAUAUGGUGAAGAUCUCCAUGGAUGUGUUUGUGAGGCGGUUCCAGCCAGAAAGGUACAAACUUUGGAAAGCUGGGAAGGACAGCACAGUUAUUGAUCAUACUCUGCCCACGCCAGAAGCAGCCGAAUUUCUGAAGGAGAGUGAACUGUCCACAAGAGCUGUGAAUGAGCAGUGCCCAGAGGAGGACAUGGAGGGGAUCGAGGAUGGAGAGGAGGGGGACCUGAAGAGAAGCCUGGCCAAGCAUCGUAUUGGGACAAAGAGACACCGGGUUUGUCUCGAAAUACCACAGGAGGUGAGUCAGAGCGAACUCUUCCCCAAGGAGGAGUUGAGUUCUGGACAGUAUGAGAUGACAGAGUGCCAGGCUGCCCUCGCCCCAGUGAGGCCCACCCACAGCUCUGUGCGACAAGUGGAAGACAGCUUGCCCUUCCCAGAUUACUCUGACUCGACUGAAGUCAAAUUUGAAGAGCUCAAAAACGUCAAACUAGAAGAGGAAGAUGAGGAAGAAGAACAAGAGGCAGCUGCCCUGGAUCUUUCUGUGAAUCCUGCUUCCAUAGGAGGACGUCUUGUCUUCUCCAGUUCCAAAAAGAAAUUUUCUUCUAGCAUGGGAUCCAGUUCUUCUCGAGAUUCUGCCUCUUCUGAUUCGGAAACCAGCGAUCCUCUUUCCUGCCAAGCUCAGGGGCAAACAGGAGUUUUCACCGUGCACAGCUACGCCAAAGGGGAUGGCAAAGUGACUAUGGGAGAGCCAUGCAUGAAGAAGAAAGCUGGUGCCCCCAGAAGUAUCAGUGAACAGGAGCUGGCCACGGUUGCUGAUCGGUACAUGUUUUCUCUGGAGGAGACUAAGAAGUCCAAGGGUCGCCGCCAGCCCUUAAGCAAGCUCCCACGCCAUCACCCACUUGUGUUGCAGGAGUGUGUCAGUGAUGAUGAGACCUCUGAACAGCUGACCCCUGAAGAGGAAGCUGAUGAGACAGAGGCCUGGGCCAAGCCCCUAAGUCAGCUGUGGCAGAACCGACCUCCAAACUUUGAAGCUGAGAAGGAAUUCAACGAGUUCAUGGCCCAGCAGGCUCCACACUGUGCCGUCUGCAUGAUCUUCCAAACUUACCAUCAGGUCGAGUUUGGAGGCCUGAGCCAGAACUGUGGAAAUGCUUCCACAUCCGCUGCCCAAACACAAAGGACCAAGCCAUUGAUUCCAGAAAUGUGCUUCACCACAACCGGCUGCAGCACAGACAUCAACCUUUCUACUCCUUACCUGGAGGAAGAUGGCACCAGCAUGCUUGUCUCCUGCAAGAAGUGCAGUGUCCGGGUCCACGCCAGUUGCUAUGGGGUUCCCCCUACAAAGGCUUCUGAAGAGUGGAUGUGUUCCCGGUGUUCAGCCAAUGCCCUGGAAGAAGACUGCUGUUUAUGCUCAUUACGAGGAGGGGCCCUGCAGAGAGCAAAUGAUGACAGGUGGGUCCACGUUUCAUGUGCCGUGGCAAUUCUGGAAGCAAGGUUUGUCAACAUUGCUGAAAGAAGUCCUGUGGAUGUGAGCAAAAUCCCCCUACCUCGCUUCAAACUGAAAUGUGUCUUCUGUAAGAAGCGAAGGAAAAGAAAUGCUGGCUGCUGUGUACAAUGCUCUCAUGGCCGCUGUCCAACUGCUUUCCACGUGAGCUGUGCUCAGGCGGCUGGUGUGAUGAUGCAGCCUGACGACUGGCCUUUUGUGGUCUUCAUUACCUGCUUUCGGCACAAGAUUCCCAAUUUGGAGCGUGCCAAGGGGGCCUUGCAGAGCAUCACUGCGGGCCAGAAGGUCAUCAGCAAGCAUAAGAAUGGGCGCUUCUACCAGUGUGAAGUGGUCACACUCACCACCGAGACCUUCUAUGAAGUCAACUUUGAUGAUGGCUCCUUCAGCGACAAUCUUUAUCCUGAGGACAUAGUGAGCCAGGACUGUCUCCAGUUGGGUCCUCCUGCUGAAGGGGAAGUGGUCCAAGUGAGAUGGACAGAUGGCCAAGUCUAUGGAGCCAAGUUUGUGGCGUCCCAUCCUAUCCAGAUGUAUCAGGUGGAAUUUGAGGAUGGCUCACAGCUUGUGGUAAAAAGAGAUGAUGUAUACACACUGGAUGAAGAACUCCCCAAGAGAGUGAAGUCCAGACUGUCAGUAGCCUCAGACAUGCGCUUCAAUGAGAUUUUCACAGAGAAAGAGGUUAAACAAGAAAAGAAACGGCAGCGUGUCAUCAACUCAAGAUACCGGGAAGAUUAUAUUGAGCCUGCACUGUACCGGGCUAUCAUGGAGUAGAUACUUCCAGGGUCUAAGAGGUUCCCAGCCAUCAAGGCGAGAGCACUCUGGGGUUCCACAACACAGCAGACACACGGAACUCAGAAGUCUCUAAAAAUGAAAUUGUAAAAAGAAAGGAAUGAGACACUCAAACCCCAUCAUCUUCUCACCCCAUCCUCAUCGCAUUCUGCCAUAGGGAAAUAACAAGCCGUUUUUGGACAGUUGGCUGCAGCCACUGAUCUCCUGGCAGAGGGGCUGACACUGGAACGCUGUGACUACAUCAGCCCCCAGUCCAAAAAGGGGAUCAAAUGUGCCGGCUGGGCUGGCUGCCCUGGUCUAGGACUUUGCUUCCUACCAUCACUUGCACCGACAAAGCAGCGGUGCUGGUGUUUGAUCCAACUCUCCUUUUGUAUUUAUGUGUGUGUGUGUGUGUGUGAGUGAGUGCGUGUGCGUGUGUGCGUGUGUGUGUGUGUGCGCGUGUGUGUGCGUGUGUGUGUGUGUGCGCGCACGCGCGCAUGUGUAUGUAUGUUUGUCCGGACCAGUUUCUGCCAGCCCCUGGCCUUUACUUCUUUGCCUAUGCAGGGCAAACAAAAUGUGAAAUUCUGCCCUCAGCUGAGCUGAGUGAGGGCCCCUGGGGUUUGGCUGGAGGAGGGUGCACCAUCUGUCCAGGCUUGGAACUGUCUCAAGAGAGUGUUGGCAAAGCUGCAGUAUUGAGAUGCUAAGGAGCUGUUGCCACCUCUUUGUCCUCCUUUGAAAGGGACAUAGGGGUAAUAUGGUUUGUGCCACAAACUUGAGGCACAGAGCCCCUGUGGGCACAGUAUUAGAGGAUGUGAGUGGGGAACACCCUGAAGAGGGGGUAUUUUAAUGAUGAAAGCAGGCAGAGCCUGGUGGUUGAUUCUGUCAACAUAAAAUUGCAAUCAAGCAGGGGUUGGGAGGGUUUGGACAGGGGCAGGUGUGUAGAUAUGCUCUU